AUGAGGGGUAGCUACAACACAGGUGCUGCAGCAAAUCUCAACACCAUCUCCGAUUUCCGCUCCUCGCUUCGAUCCCUGCUCGUCCACGUUCGCGAUUCUGGCUCCACACUGCUGAAAUACAAUGCCGAGGACUUAGAACAGAUACGCACAGAAGGCACUGGCUUUUGCGAGCUGUCCGUUGCACUGCCGCAAAUAGAGCUGCAAAACCUGAUCACGUUGAACAUUCAGGACUGGCCAGACACGGUGAACGUCACGAUCGGCGAUCCGAAUCAAUGCUCAUCUACGAGAGCCAGCUCCAACGAGUAG